AUGUCGAGCCAGUCGAGUGGAGCUGCGGAUACCUCCCUUGAAGACUCGGUACUUAUCCUCGAGGGACACUGGAACUACACCCCGUGGCUUUACUUCCUCCUUCGCUACCUAGGUCCCGAGUACUGGAGAUUUCUCCUAACAGACGAGUGUACUUCGUUGCCAUCUAGCAGGGUCGUGGCCACAGCACAAGUGGGAUCAAGUGAAGGCAGUCGCACCCUGUCUACCCCCGUACAAGAUCAAGAGGCAUCCGAAUCCCGCAGCAUUUCUCCCAACCAGCGUGACAAUGGCGAAAAGAACAAACCGUCCAAGGCGCUCUCUUAUCUCCGCUCUACACUCAAUCACGAGGCUAAGUAUUUGAUCCGCAAUAUCGACAGCUUCUCGGAAGCGUUCAGAAAGAUCAAAUUGUUCUACGGCAAGCCGAGACACCAGACCAUAGCCUUACGAUGGUCGAAAUGGGUGAGCCUUCGCUAUUUUCGAGGACAUGGAGCGUCGGAGUUUGUGCGCAAAUUUAAAGAAAGACUCCAGGAACUCGAAGAAAUCAUCGGCAUCGUCGACCACAGAGUGGUCUUUGCUCAAUUUGUUCACGCCAUCUCAGCUAGUGGGAACUACCCCGGUUUUCUCCUGAAGCUACCCCCGGAUUUAGACGACCCGAACUUGAUGGAAUCCGUGUACGCCGCAUUUCUACACCGCGAAACCUCGUUCUUCAACUCUAUCCACUCAACCGUCGACUCUGCGUUUGUCCCUCGACCACAUGAUAUCAUGGCACCGGAUUUUUGGCACCCGCUAUAUUGCCCUUAUCAUAGGCGUGUCGUGCAUCACUCUCAUCAACAAUGCCGCCUGGGCCGGAGUUUCGGAUUGGACUUGAGAAACGAGAUUUUAAGGCAGUUCGAAAAAGACAGACAGCGCCACAAUGACAAGAAACGCCGUCUGGACCCUCGUGAGGGCUCAUCAUUGAUGAUCUCCACCGAUUGA